AAUCAGCAUAACCAGCCCUCUUAUUAUGCUGAUUACCUAUUACACCCGACAACCUGCAGAAAUAUCUACCCAAAUCUCUUCUCAUGCACUCUUCCCGUUCAUCUCUGCAAGAGAAGGUAACAAAACACCAUUUCGUACUACCAAGGAGUAAUUGGCCAAGUUAGUCCAAGCGGAUUGGGGCCGUCUUUUAGUAGGACGAACUAGCGAGACGAAGUGAAGGAUGAGCUCUCAAAAUUUGGACAUAGACUACGUCCAACAAGAUCAACCAAACCGCCGAAACCCGCAUCAUCAAUCUCACCCAUCUACUUCAACCAUCUCUGCGCACGCCAAAACCGCCUCCCGCGUCACCAUCCUCCAAGGCUCCCCGCGGCUGGUUGAUUCCGAUAACAGCGCACGACAAGAACCAUCUCCCGCUUCACAGUCCACCGUGGUACCCUAUGCACCGACACCUCCCCCAGCCCCCACACCCCCUUCAAUACCCUCCGAAUCAGAGGUUUAUGGUCCCGAGAGACUUUGGGGCCACCAACAGGCCAUAGAGGAAGAUGUCGAUCGCUCCAUGAUAUCAACUCCUGGAACGCGCUACGAUCAGCCGCGAUUCCCACCCAUGGUUCCUCAGCAAGACCCCGCCUUUGGGGAUUUCAAAGACGAUCUGACGAGAGCUGCCGGCGUCGUAACUCCCGGCGUAGAUGACGGUCCCUAUAUCCGCUAUGCUCUGGAUGCUCUGACGAGAGAUCGUGACAAUGGCCGAGGGAUGACGGGAUAUCCUUCUUCUGGUAGCGAUGAGUCCUACCAACAGGCCUAUCAUUUCACCCCGACCACAGUUCCUAGUCCAUACAAGCAGCCCUCGUUUCAGCUGCCGCCAGAGCAAAUCACGCGCGACAACACCCCCCGAGAUUGGCCUAUAGGUCCGCCUCCCGGACCUGUCGUCUCAGCUCCUACUCCCACCGCCGAAGACGAGCUGCGGGAGAAGCGACAGCAGCGUCAAGAAAGGGCCAAAUUCACAGAUGAUCCUUGGGGUACCAUUUUGGGUACCACCGCUGCCGCCGAGGCUGAGGCUAAGGAUUACAACAGAAACUCAUCUCCUUUCAGUGAACGACGUGGGGAGCGGACAAUUUCCCCUAAGCCUAAACCCAACCUGCCGAGGAAUUUGGAGCAUUGGCAAGCACGGUCAGAUCUGGUAAUCGACCCCGAGACCGGUCUGCACAAUUGCGGAAAGGCCCUGAGCUGGGAGGCGCCUCUGACGCGGAAACCCUGGGUCUUACGACUCCAAUCCUUGUUAAUUCUGGCGACCUUGUGCCUCUUAAUGGUUGUGGCUCUCAUAGUUUCCGCCGUAUAUUCUAUGAAUCACAAUGGCUUGACGCCAUACUCCGGCACAAUCUAUGGCGGCCAAUACUUCCUUUUCCGGAUGUUGCCGCAGCUGCUAGCUGUUAUUAUAUUAAUUCAUGCCCAAUGUGUAAUCGCCGCGGCGUUUUGGGUUUUGCCAUUCUCGUCUAUGGCUUCGGAUGACCGUAACGAACGACGAGACGCUGUGUUUUUACCCCUAUAUCCCAAAUCCUUUCUCUGGCCUCAGCUGGGCGGGCCGUGGAAUAUCUGGAUACCCAUUUUCAAUGUUUGGCUGUUGAAUUUCACCAUACCGCUGCAAAGCAGUCUUUUUACCGUCAUCCUCGUCGACGGAAAUUGGAUAUGGGCAACCGUUCAGGGUGUGGUGUGGACAUUAGUGGCUUUAUACGUGUCAUUUAUGCUGUCACUGGUUGUACUGUUUGUGUUUUGGAACCGACGAAGAACCGGUAUGAUGCAAAAAUGGGGUAUUCGAACUCUAGGGGAUAUUAUCUUCCUCAUUUCGCAGAGCAAUUCGUUACUACGGUAUCGCGGGCUUGAGACGGCAGCGACACGAAGCAGCAUGAGACAGCGAUUGGAGGGAAAUGCCGACAGGCUUGGGUUUUGGUUUUCCCCUGAAUUGCCAGAAAUCGGAACGUGGUACGGGAUUGGGAGGUCUACUGGCGAAGGGGAUCUGAAGACUGAGAAGUCGGAAGGUCCAGGAUGGGCUGUGCGACGAGAAGGAUCUCCGGAAGCGGGUGAACGAUCUUCAAAUCCUAACGUCCGUUACCGCUAUCUCCCAUGGUGCUUCCGGGAUAGCCAAAUCACUCUCUUCGUCGUGGCAUUUUCCAUCCUGUUACUCGCUUUAAUCAUUGUCUCGUUCCUCCAUUCCACGGACUUGCGCAAUGGUUUUCUCCCUCUCCUGAGCUCCAUGCCCGUUGCUGGCGCAUUUUCUGCUGCCGACUUCGUCUACUCCUUCAUCCCUUCGCUUUUAGGCCUCAUACUAUUCCUACUAUUCCAGUCUCUAGAUCUGACACUACGUAUCCUAGCCCCGUGGGGUGAGCUUUCGCGCGCGGAAGGUUCGCGAGCGCAAACUUCGCUUCUUUUGGAUUAUUCGACAUGUCUGCCUCUCGAAUCGACAUACAAAGCAUUGAAGAACAAGCAUUGGCGGGUGGCAUUCGUGUCUUUCCUAUCCCCGCUAUUUUCUCUUUUGCCAGUCUUGGGCGGCGGCCUAUUUAUGGCUUUGACUCCGCCUGACAAGAUUGUGCGCAUGUAUCCCAACGUGCCCGCGUUCGCCAUCAUCCUCACCCUACUAUUCCUAUACGUCGCCGGGCUUAUCUGCUUGAUACCCAAUAGGGGGCAAUACCGCCUACCUCAUGCUGUUACCUGUCUGGCAGAGAUAAUCAGCUUUUGCACGGACGAGAAGCUACGCACAGAUGGGGCGUUUGAUUUACAUCUAAUGCUGGAACCUACAGACCUAGCUGGUCAUCUCGACCGCGGCAAGGAUUGGCAUAGACAGGGUCGGUGGACUCUGAGCACCGGCCGAAAUAAUGACGAACGCCUCGGCAUCAAACGCUUCAGCAAGUACACAGUCAACCCCAAGAAACUCCGCGACUAUGACAGAAGGGCGAGAGGCCAACUCAUAUCUGCUCCAUUACCUCACGACAGCGGCUCUUUAUUCAACCACUAGGUUGAAAUUUCACAUAUCGAUAUUCAUUUCUUGUAUAUCUUUUUUAUCAUCUUUUUUUUGGUUCAUUUUUACGAACUCAUCUAGC